GUAUGAAAUACACAAGAAAAUAUUGGUGUAGGUCUAGGGGAUAUUAAACAUGGCUGAAACAUAGUGAGGAAUUAUUAGAAGUUAAAUAUGGAAGACACACUUGCCUGUCGGGAACCAUUUUAAUACGUAAGUUUAAUAGAUAUGAGACAGAUAUUAUAAGACCCGCCAUGUACAGACAUAGCUACCGUGGCGACUCCUAUCGGGACCCAAACCAAAACCGGGUGGAACUGAACAUUCUCAAACUUGAUGCAGACGGAAACAGUGUGUAUGAUGAUGACCUUGACCCCAACAUUUGUCGGUGUUUCCCCCGCACCAGCCAGAAGACAAUUCCUUCUAUGUUAUAUGAUCAUAUAAACUGUCCACACGUUGAACACAGACAUAUUCAACCCGCACAACAAUAUGUGUUUACAUACCCCUGGACGGCCAGUAGUGGCAAUGGCCGUCAGAGGGCGAACCGUGAGUUUGACCAGGACUCGGGUCUAAGUGUAAUUGGAGAGGAAGACGAUGAUUGGGAGAACAAUGUCACGCGCACUGCUCCUCCUUUUGCCAUGCACUCUCCAACCCGAGCGCGAAUGCCUUACACUGCCCCUGUGCAGGCAGACAAAAAUCCACAGGGCAGAUACAGGCAGACAAUUGCUACUGAUUUUCGUCAAUUUGGAUCGACGCCAUCAUUGACAGGAUUUUCAGCCAAACGGCAAACGCCGGUGGCGAACCGAAAGUCGAACAUUCAGCAUGCGGAACCUUCUACCCCUUUCAUUGACAAGCGUGAGCGAGGCAUACAGGAAAAACCUCGUCAUUUUCAGGGACAUUAUAUGGAUCAAAAAGAUGGUCGCGUGUAUAAAUUUGACGUGAAAUAUGGUAAGAGGGACGUACAAGCGACGCGGGAGCACGCGAACACCUACCGAUAAAACCAUAAAGGAAGGGGAGAGCAAUCUUGGAUAACAUCACAAAACGCACUUGGUUUUCAAGGAUGUUUAACAUUGGGUAUUAUAAAAACAUUAAAAAUGCUCAAGCUGUUAAAUACGCCAAAGGAAGAGUGAGCAUACCGAGAGAUAAACAAACGUUAAAGACAAAGAGGAUGUGUUCAUCUUGCCAAUUGUUACACGAAAUAGAGCUUUCUCACAGUGUUAUAGAUACUUAUCUGUCAGUUUGUACCCCAAAAUAACCCGCACUUCUAUUUCAUUAAUCGGGAAUUAUAACGUAAAUCAGUUUUACUUUAGAAUUAUGUAACACAGUAUUUGAUUUUGAGAACAUUAAUUCUAAAUGUUAUGAUAUUAGUAUUUGUUAGGAAUGUUGUAAUAUUGUUGAGGCACACUUGAUCACGUGCAAAGUAGUUAAAUUAACGCUGUUGAAAUGUUAUCUCCUGUUUGAAGUGUAACUUAGGUUUCCACAGAUUCCGGCACGUAGCGAGACUCUACACGAAAAUUGAUGUUAAGACACGGUAGUGCUUCGUUAUCUGUGUCCAGGAUAACAACUGUUCCUGGUAGGUUACUUGUCCGGGACAGGAUAUCAACGGGUUUCCACACCGCGGGCUAGUUACUGGUACUAAGAUGUAUUACACCGUGAUGUACCGUGGGCUAGUUACUGGUACUAAGAUGUAUUACACCGCGUUGUACCGUGGGCUAGUUACUGGUACUAAGAUGUAUUACACCGCGUUGUACCGUGGGCUAGUUACUGGUACUACGAUGUAUUGCACCGCGUUGUACCGUGGGCUAUAGUUACUGGUACUACGAUGUAUUGCACCGCGUUGUACCGCGGGCUAGUUACUGGCAUUACGAUGUAUUACACCGCGUUGUACCGAGGGCUAGUUACUGGCAUUACGAUGUAUUGCACCGCGUUGUACCGUGGGCUAGUUACUGGUACUACGAUGUAUUACACCGCGUUGUACCGUGGGCUAGUUACUGGCAUUACGAUGUAUUACACCGCGUUGUACCGUGGGCUAGUUACUGGUACUACGAUGUAUCACACCGCGUUGUACCGUGGGCUAGUUACUGGCAUUACGAUGUAUUACACCGCGUUGUACCGUGGGCUAGUUACUGGUACUACGAUGUAUCACACCGCGUUGUACCGUGGGCUAGUUACUGGCAUUACGAUGUAUUACACCGCGUUGUACCGUGGGCUAGUUACUGGUACUAAGAUGUAUUACACCGCGUUGUACCGUGGGCUAGUUACUGGCAUUACGAUGUAUUACACCGCGUUGUACCGUGGGCUAGUUACUGGUACCGUGGGCUAGUUACUGGUACUGCGAUGUAUUGUUCAUGUACUUGACAUCCUGACGUAAAGAUCUAGGUACACAUGGUAAAGCAUCACAUAUUGCUCAUUUAUUUAUUUAUUUAAUUUUGCUCUAGGUUUUCAAUGUUUUAGUUUUUACUUCAUACUAUAAGAUUCUGUGACUGACAAAUUGAUUUUUCAAAUAUUCUUUACAGUCACAAUAGUAUUUCACACAAUAAGUCUAGUUUGUUUAUCAUUAGCUGCAUUAAAAUAUAUGAUACUGUGUGUGUA